CUCCCUUCUCCCUUCUCCCUUCGAUCUUCUCUCCUCUCCCACUCCUCCCGCUGUUCUCUCGCCUUUCUAUUUUACUACAUAAGUUAACCACCAUUUCCAACCAUGGACGACAAAACCGCAAAGGAACUGCACGAAGUGGCACUGAGCCUAGAUCCUCACCAGAUCCAACAGCUUCUGCGUAUGCAUAAUACCGAUAGCCUUGCACCUCUUCUAGACUUGGUCGAAAACAAUCCGGCGUUUCUUGAAUCAAUUGUCACCGAUGAAGUAUUGGAAGAGCCAGUAUUGAACUAUGUCACAGACCUUGACGUUAGACGAGAACUUCUCCUACACCUCGGCAACAUUAUCCACAAGUCCAAAUUGGAGUGUGAGAUAAACAUGACAGUAUUUGCACUUUUCAUGGUUGCCCCAAUUAAGCAAUUAAAAUCCACCCUCAAAGAGCUGCAGAAGAACAUUCUGGAGAAGAACGAGGCCCAGAUCAAUAUGUUUCUCUCUCAAUUACGAACCACAUGUGUGGCGAGUGUACAAGCGAUUUCGAAUAAAGGAGGGCGACCACCGGGCUCUUCUGCCGCCGUCCGCAGCUCCCAGGCUACGCCACUUCAAGGGAGUCCGACAAAACGGCAACGCCAGACCCAUGAAAGAUCCAUCUCGGAUUCAAAAGUGACUCAAUUACCAGCAACUCCAAGCCGACCAACAACUGCAAGUCGACCAACAAGUCCAAGUCGACCAACAACUCCAAGUCGACCAACAAGUCCAAGUCGACCAACAACUCCAAGUCGACCAACAAGUCCAAGUCGACCAACAACUCCAAGUCGACCAACAAGCUUUGACCUGCCAUUCAAUCCGCAUUACCAGUUGUCUACUGACAACACGCAAAGUCUGGCCCUCGAUCCGGCAUCAUCUGCUCCUAAAACGCCAGAGUUGUCAUCUGCUCCCAAAACGCCAGAGUUGGUAGCUACUCCAAAUACCAAUCGGAGCGCGUACGCUGCCAAACUUUGUGAGAAGCGAGACGAUAUGAAGUGCAUAUUCACAGGCAUGCAAGACCCGCAAGCGGCCCAUAUCUUCCCCUUUUCAGGAUCCAAGGGCUCGAAAAUACCCAAUAUUGUGUCUACUCUACGUACAUUUUGGGGUAACGACACAGCCACGCGGUUUUCUGAUAUAUUUCUCAAUCAAGAUAUCACCGAGACUCCGCAGAAUCUCCUCUCUCUCAACCACCAACUCCAUCAUUGGUUUGAUAAGGGUAUGAUGGCGCUUAAGCCAUUACGCAAGCUCGACGACGGCACGGUCCAAGUCCAACUUCACUGGCUAAAGACAAGCGAACUGAAACCGACGCAAGUGUUCAAUAAAAAUAUGAAAAUCCAAAAUGCGGUUGAUUCAGCUGGAAUCGGAGAAAAUCAGUCUUGGGGAACCAUUACCGCUCAUCGUCAAAGUGGCUUGCCGUUGCAGACAGGGCAAGUUUUUAAUCUUACUGCGAAGAUUCCAGAUCAUAUUCCGAAUAUGGAAUUUUUGCAGUUGUCAUGGGACCUUCUUCGCGUUGCCGCAAUCUGCGGAGCAGCCGAACCAAGCGAUUUGUCGGAUUUCGAUGAUGAUGAUGACGACAACGGCUAUGAAGUCGAAACAUCGUCGGCAAUGUACUAUGACGAUAACUACGCUGAGAUGUCUCGGUGGGCGAGAGAAGUAGAAAAUGAGGAAGAAGAGGAUCGAGAAGAACACCCGAGCUAUAAUGAAAAAUCUCCCCUCUAGGAGCAGGGCGGGGUUCUUGGGGUUCAUACAUGUACUUAGCCCGCGUUAGUUAGGGGGAAAAGAGAGACAGACGGCGCCAAGAUGUUGUUAUUUCAAGACUGAUCGCCCAUUACGGUAGGAUUAACUGUGGGUUAUUUGCCAGAUGAUAUACAUGAGGAGAUAUAGGGACAUGUUAAUAUCUCAGAGAGAGAAGAUUGAGGGCCAUCAAGAGUGCAAUUAGGGGCAAUAUUUGACCGUCGUUGAUUUGAAACUACCUAGAUAUAGGGCUGCAGAAAAUUGUUAGGCUUCGACCUCGCCAAAAUCUCAAGGGUGCGAUAUCGGAAACGUUUGGGUGUGUUACACGCAUCAACCCAAGAAAAAUAUACGAGCAUAAAAAAACAAG